UUCCAAUUAACACGACAGAAAAUAAAUAAAGCGCUUUACUAUUUUAUCAGAGCAGUAUAUAAUUCAGUUUUGUAUUGUUAUUAUUUUCUAAGAAUAGGUUAUUGUAAUACUUAAUAAAGCUAUAAUACAGGCGAUCGCUUUGGAUUACUAAAUUUCUUUCUGGUCAAGAUGGCGGGUGACGAGACAGGAGUAACGCUGGGGCAGCCCCAUCUUUCUAAGCAAGAUCUCCGCACUUUGGAUGUGACCAAAUUGACUCCCCUUUCUCCAGAAAUCAUCAGUAGACAAGCCACAAUUAACAUUGGUACAAUCGGUCAUGUAGCUCACGGAAAGUCUACAGUGGUGAAGGCUAUCUCAGGCGUUCAUACUGUCCGAUUCAAAAAUGAGCUGGAGAGGAACAUUACUAUAAAGCUCGGCUACGCUAAUGCAAAGGUGUACAAACUACAUGAUCCCAGUUGCCCUCGGCCUGAAUGCUACAGAUCCUGUGGCAGCAGUACCCCAGAUGAGUUCCCCACAGACCUUCCUGGGACCAAAGGGAAUUUUAAACUUGUCAGGCACGUGUCUUUCGUGGACUGUCCUGGUCACGACAUUUUGAUGGCUACCAUGCUGAACGGCGCAGCGGUUAUGGACGCAGCUCUCUUGUUGAUAGCCGGCAAUGAGUCCUGCCCUCAGCCUCAGACCUCGGAACACCUUGCAGCCAUUGAAAUCAUGAAACUGAAACACAUUCUGAUUCUGCAGAACAAAAUCGAUCUGGUAAAAGAAAGCCAAGCCAAGGAGCAGUAUGAACAGAUUCUUGCAUUCGUGCAGGGCACGGUUGCAGAAGGAGCCCCUAUAAUCCCCAUCUCUGCCCAGCUGAAAUACAACAUAGAGGUCGUGUGUGAGUACAUUGUAAAGAAGAUCCCAGUCCCUGUGCGAGACUUCACCUCAGAACCAAGGCUUAUUGUAAUUCGAUCGUUUGAUGUCAACAAGCCUGGUUGUGAGGUUGAUGACCUCAAAGGAGGGGUAGCAGGAGGCAGUAUUCUGAAAGGAGUGUUAAAGGUUGGGCAGGAGAUUGAAGUCAGGCCUGGCAUUGUCUCCAAGGACCACGAAGGCAAACUCAUGUGCAAGCCAAUCUUCUCCAAGAUCGUCUCGCUGUUCGCAGAACACAAUGACCUGCUCUACGGUGCACCUGGGGGCCUUAUCGGUGUUGGCACGAAGAUCGACCCGACGCUGUGCCGUGCGGACCGCAUGGUGGGGCAGGUCCUGGGCGCCGUGGGGGCGCUGCCUGAGAUCUUCACAGAGCUGGAAAUCUCCUACUUCCUGCUCCGACGACUGCUCGGCGUGCGUACAGAGGGGGACAAAAAGGCAGCCAAGGUACAAAAGCUGUCAAAGAACGAAGUGUUGAUGGUGAACAUUGGCUCGUUAUCCACUGGUGGCAGAGUUAGUGCGGUCAAGGCCGAUCUCGCCAAGAUCGUGCUCACAAACCCUGUCUGCACAGAGGUGGGAGAGAAGAUCGCCCUCAGCAGAAGAGUAGAAAAGCAUUGGCGAUUGAUUGGCUGGGGUCAGAUAAGAAGAGGUGUUACUAUUAAGCCCACUGUGGAUGAUGACUAAACAGUCUGCGAGACCGAGGGAUACGCCUUGGAUCAUCUUAUCUGCAUCCACAACCACCACACAUACCAAUUUCAAUACCACCCAAAUUUAUAGAAACACAAGUCUGGAAUCCAGGAUUCUGCAUUUUAAAAAGGAUUGCAUAUCUUCCAUUACAGAUGUACCUAAUUUAUACAAUACAAGAAACAGAUAUUAGUUUUGGGAUCACAUGGAAGUUUGAUAGUAUUGUUAACAACCGUCAAAAUAAUAAAAAGGGUUUUGAAAGUU